GAGAGAGCCAGAGAGAGGGAGAGAGGGAGGAGAUAGAGAGAGAGAGAGAGACAUAGCGAAAGGGUGAGAGAGAGACACUGCUUCCCUGUUUCCUUUCACAACUCGUAGCAGCAAUCGGCGAGUCGGUCCUUACCGAGACUGGGAUCAAAACAAAGCGGUCUUGUGUGUUGAGGAUCCGAGCAGGGGGUGAAUAUACAGCCUAGUAGGGGUUACGAUACAUUCUGUCGUGUGUCGUGUUGGUCUAGAGAUUUCUUCGGAACUGUUACAACGGUACCACUCAUUGUGGAUUUGCAUUUUUCGUAGCACCGUUUCAAACCACACCACUCUCGUUACCUCCCGUUUCGGACGGCGGAGGUUUAAUUCUUGUUUUUCCCGUGGCGACCAAGGCGGCAUGAAUGACAAAAACAAAGGUUGAUGUCCAAAGCUCGCCGAGCCAGGUCUCUGCCUCGCCCAAGGAACGGAGACUGCUCCUCCGACACAAAAUGGAAAACGGAGGCGGAACCGGUAGCUCGGACAAUGGGCAGAUGCAGCACGCGAUGGCCGAGCAACAACAACAACACCCGGAUUCCACGUCAGGAGCAGCCGCGGUGUUGUCCGGCAAGUCCGCGGGAGAGAAUAAGAAAAAGAAGAUCAACCGAGCUCCGUCUCCGGCUAGACCUAAAGAUGUGCCCGGGUGGUCCCUCACCAAGAUCCGCGGAGGGAUCGCUACCCCGACGCUGAGCGUCAAACCCGGGGCCAUUCAUCUUGGCAGCCGGGUGUCCCGGCGGAGCCCCGCGGGGAGCCCUGGUGGGAAGGAGAGCAAACCAGAGAAGCACGGUGCCGGCAGACAGACGGGAAGAGCACCGGCGUCGUCCCAAGCGAAGAGUCCUGGCAGCAAAACGGGCAAAAGCGCACAAAGGAGAAAGACCUCAGACGCCAGUACCGGAUCCGACGACUUGUCUAAGGACUCUGGAUGCGCCGCGGAGAAGCUCUCCCCGACCGACAGCAGCUCCGAGUUGUCCGACUGCGCGUCCGAGGGGAACAAGCUCUCCACGGACGCCGCGAGCAGCGACACUGAGUCCAGGAGCAGCCGGGGAGGAGGAGUGGACGGCGAGAAGCCGGUGCGGGACGGCGGCGUGUUCUUCUCGGACGUAUCAAGCCGACAACAAGCCGCCAGGAACGCGAUGGAGAAGGAGCGACUGAGCAUGGAAACCGGGGAUGAGAGCAUGUCACCCGGGGAUGAACGGUCCGCCACCUCGUUCGACAGCCGCGUCCCCGCCAGCACAUCUCUGGCGUUCUCAGACCUCACCGAGGAGCUGGUGGACGGCAUGCAGGAAGAGUUCGUCCGGGAGAUCGAGGAGCUGAGAUCUGAGAACGAUUACCUGAAAGAUGAGAUGGAGGAGCUGCGGUCUGAGAUGCUGGAGAUGAGAGACAUGUACUUGGAAGAAGAUGUCUACCAACUGCAAGAACUACGCCAGCAGCUGGAGCAGGCCAACAAGACGUGUCGCAUCCUGCAAUACCGCCUGCGGAAGGCAGAGCGGCGCUCUGUCCGUGUGGCCCAGACCGGCCAGGUGGACGGAGAGCUGAUCCGGACCCUGGAGCAAGACGUCAAGGUGGCGAAGGACGUGUCCAUCCGCGUGCACGGCGAGCUGGACAGCGUGGAGAAGAAGAGGGGCCGCCUGGAGCAGGAGAACGAGGAGCUCAGGGUGCGCCUCCAGGACCUGGAGGUGGCCAAGCAGGUCCUGCAGCAGGAGAUGGACAAGAACCCCCAAAAGAAAAGAGGGGUGCGACCAAACAACAAACCAGAGAAGAAGCUCUGUCCACAGGAGGACAGUGCCGACCUGAAGUGCCAGCUCCACUUUGCUAAGGAGGAGUCGGCCCUGAUGUGCAAGAAGCUGACCCGUCUGGUGAAGGACAGCGAGGCCAUGAAGGAGGAGCUGGCCAAGUACCGCUCGCUGUACGGAGACGUCGAUGCCUCCCUCACCGUGGAGGAGGUGGCGGACUCGCCCCACACCCGCGAGGCGGAGGUCAGAGUUCACCUGAAGCUGGUGGAGGAGGAGGCCAACCUGCUGAGCCGUCGCAUCGUGGAGCUGGAGGUGGAGAACCGCGGCCUGCGGGCGGAGAUGGACGACAUGAAGGGACCCCAAGACGAACCUCACGAUCUCACCGGGAUGAACGGCCACAUGGGGGCGGGGCUUUCGCUCGGAGGCGGGGCUAUGGUCAUCGGGGGCGGGGCUUCGUCGGAGAACGUGAUGGAGCUCCAGCGGCACCUGCAGUUCGUGGAGGAGGAGGCGGAGCUGCUGCGGCGCUCCCUGAUCGAGCUGGAGGAGCAGAACAAGCUGCUGAUGAACGAGAUCAACCGCUACAAGUCCGAGCUCCCGCCGCCCGGCCCGGCCCUCGCCUCCGGCGGCCCGGGCUCCCCGCCGAGCGACGGCGGGCUCGGCGACACCAUCCAGGAAGGGGCGGAGCUCAUCAGCGACGAGGCCACGCCCCAGGAGCGGGAGGUGCGGGAGGCGCGGCUCCAGAUCGGGGACCUGAACGGCAAGGUGAAGAAGCUCCAGUACGAGAACCGCGUGCUGCUGUCCAACCUGCAGCGGUGCGACCUGGCAUCCUACCACUCGCCUGCCUCCCACUCCUCCUCCUCCUCCUCCUCCUCCUCCUCUUCCUCCUCUGCGCCCACACUACCACCGCUGGCCUUGGAGACGUGCGGCCCAGGCGGCGACGCGGCAGACUGUCUACCCAGCAGUCCGCUACACCGGGAGGGUCCAGUAGGGGGCGAGAACGACCAUCUGGAGACACGGGACAAGAGGUGCCCACCGGCUGACAGCUCCGGCGCCGUGACGUCACUUCCUGCCUGCCUGCGGUUUAAGGACCAUGAUGCCCUGCUGGCCAUGAGAGAGCAGGCUCGCCUGGUCUCCAUGGCGAUCCAGCUGCUGACCAUUCCCACCGAGGCCAACUGCCUCUCUCCCUCGUCCCUCUACCACUUGGUCUGUCAGGAGGAGCCGGCGGGGUCAUGUGACCACCCGGACAAACCUCAGAACCAAAUGUCCGAGUUGUCAGAUCUAGCGGAGCGCCCUCUGGUGGCGGCCCUAACCAGCAGGCUGCAGGCUCUGCACAGCCAGCUGCAGGUGUUUGUGGAGAGAGUAGACAGCCUGGGAGGCUCCCCUGUUGGGGACCGGGACCCCCAGGUGGAAGGGGCCUCUCCCCAGACUCUGAUGCCCGAAGGCAGGGGCCUCUCCCUGGGUGCAACCCCCUCCCUGCUUCCCCUGGGGCCGGCCGUCUCCCAGGACAAGAAGCCCGACUCUAGCGACCAACCGGAAUGCAAGGUGAACGGUCAGGAAGAGGAGGCUAGCCAAUCAGAACCGCUGGAGUGCAACCAGAAAAAGAACCGCACUGAGAGCCCAAAGGAAGAGGCUGAUGUGACACCAGCGGGUCAGACCCAUCCAGGAGGGGUGUGUGGGACCGGACCAGGGCCCCAGGGUCCAGCCGAGGACGGAGUCCUGGAGGAGGGCCCUCAGUCUGUCACAGCUCAGGCCCUCCAGCUCAAGCAGCUCCGGGAGGACCACCAGAAGGCCCUGACGCGGCGGGACUUCCAGCUGCAGAGCGUGGGGCUCCAGGCCCGCCUGCAGACCAAGCUGUGGCGGCGGGAGAGGACGCUGCUGCUGCAGGAGUCCCAGCACCUGAAGCAGAGCCUGCUGCUGACCAGCGUCAAGCUCCGCUGCUUCCUCAAGCACUGGCGGCUGGGCCACAAGACGGCGGCGGACGGCAGCGACAUCCUGGAGGUCAACAGCCUGAAGGAGCUCUACCUGCUAUUGGAGGAGGAGAAACAUCUGACAAGCCCCGCCCACUUCCAGGCGGCCGCAGAAGAGCAGCCACGAAGCCCUACCAUCAAGUGGGGAGGUGUGUGCAGUACCCUGGCAGACCUGAGGGGGGCACUGCAGGGUCUGAGCGGCGAGCUGCGUCUGGAACGGCAGGGGUCCCAGGAACUCACCCAGCAGUUUGCCCGGGCCAAGGCCUCGUGGGAGGUGGAGAGGAACGAGCUCAAGAGCAUCAUCACUCAGUUGGACAAUAAGACGGGCAAGGUGUCCGCCGCCCUGUCCUCCUCCACGGAGGCCUUGGAUGCUCCCGACCUGAAGGGGGCGCUGAAGAGGGAGCGAGAGGAGCACCAGCUCCUCCUGGCAGAGUCCUACGCCGCAGUCAUGGACCUCACAAAGCAGCUUCAGAUCGGAGAGAGGAACUGGAGCAGAGAGAAGAUGGAGCUGGUGGACACCCUGGGGCAGGAGAGAGCUCAGUGGGAGCAGAGAGGCGGAGAGUUCAAACUACAGACCAAGUCGAAGGCCGAGGGCAGCUGUGAUGAGGCCGGCCUGACGGACAGCGCUCCCGACGGGCCCAGCCCACUGAGAGCCAAAUCCAUGUCAGAACUACAGAACCCAGAAAUCAAUGGACUCGCCACUCAAGAGGAGCGGAGCCUGUCCAAGGCCCCGCCCUCUUUCCUGUUCCGCCCGGAGUUUGGUGACAUCACCGGGAAGAACUGGAGCUACCUGACCAAUGAGACGCCGGAGGUGGCGGACGGCUGUAAGACCUGGGACGGCCCCGCCGGCCCGGAGGCCCAGCUGGACCCGGAGUCCGCCCGCAAGAGCUUCACGGCUCCGGACCGCACCGGGAUCCGGAUCUACUACAGCCCCCCCGCCGCCCGGCGCAUGGAGCACCUCGCACGGCACCAGGCGGGCGGCACGGGGCCCCACAGCGGGCCCCUGGAGUCCGGCCCCGUCCUGGUCCAAAAGCCGCCAUCCUCCUCCUCCUCCUCCUCCUCCUCCUCCUACGAGCAGUGGCUGAGCUCCCUGUCCACGCCCAGGGGGGCCCUGCUCGUCAGCCCCUCAGCGGUCAACGCCAACGGGGCCGCGGCCGACGGGGCCAUGGACUCCCCUUCGUCCUCCCCCUCUGCCUCGUCCUCCUCGUCCUCCUCGUUCCGGGGCCUGGACAUGGGGGACAUCUCGGUGAACCUGAGCGACGACAUGAAGGAGAUGACCAACUGCGUCCGCCAGGCCAUCCGCUCGUCUUCUCUGGAGAGGAAGUCCCCCAAGGAAGCAGGGAGUCAGAUUGCCGCCGGCAUGGCCACGCGCUCCACGCAGACGGCCACGCAGUGCGCCAGCGUGGGGCUCCAGACCGACGGCGUGGGGUCGGCCCCCAGGGUCCCCCAGGGGCUGCACUCCAAGGCCUGGUCCCCGCGCCACUCGCCCGCCACCGCCGUGUCCUCUCUGGCGUCCGCCCGCACCCGGCAGAUCUCCACGUCCCUGGACAAGGUCCACGGCCGCGUGGACCGGCCCUGCUGCUCACCGAAAUACGGCUCCCCAAAACUGCAGCGCCGCGUGUCCACCGCUUCGCUCAAAAUAGAGAUGGACUCAAAAGAUCCAGCGUUUGACUGGCGUGUCUCUGCCGGCCUUUCAGGCUCCACCCCCAGACUGUCGGACGGGGGCCCCUCCCGGGACCGCAGCCUGUGGAGCCUGCAGCAGAGGCCCCUGGGGGGAGGUGGGGGGUCCGCCUGGGCCCGCUCCACCACCACCCGGGACAGCCCUGUGCUGAGCGGGCUGAACGACGGGCUGUCCAGCCUCUUCAGCGUGGUGGAGCACUCGGGCAGCAUGGAGUCACUGGGGAGGGGGGACGCUGCAGGGGGCGCUACGUCCGGCAGGCAUCCCCUGGCUGCAGGCCGGCCUUCGGGGCCCCCGCCCUGCCCCGCCGAGGCCGCCCCCCGCUACGGGGGCCUGGUCCAGGAGUUCCUCCGGGACGUCUGCGGCGGCGUCGGCCGUGGCCAGGCAGGGGCCUUCGUGCCUGGGGAGAGAGCGGUCCGAGACACCCUGCGCGGAGUGGACGAGCCCAAGCCGGAGUGCGUGAUGUCCGGGGCGGGGGGGGCGGCGGCCGCCAGCGACAACGUGACCCGCAUCGUCAACAAGAGGUUCAUGAGGCACGCCGAGACCCCCUGCGUGGCACUGGGCGCGGCGUCCGGGACCGAGGAAGCCCCCUGUGACUGCGUGGCCCAGUCUCUGUCUACUUGUUUAGCUCGACCCUCCAGGUCCGCCACGCGCCAUUCGCUGGCUCAGUGUAUGCACCGCCCACAAGAGUCACCCGUAGCCAAUGAGGAGAGGCCAGACUCCUGCAAUGAAUGAACUUUGACUUCCACAGAAUGACCCCCACCCUCACUUCACCAGCACCACAUACACACUUCACACAAACACACACAAACUAAACACACAUACACACACAAUCACACUUCUAACAUCCUCCUCAAAUGUAAAUACACACAGACAAACUGCCACACAGAUCCACUGCCCAACUAACUCUUAAACUGUAGUUGCAUCCUCUCACACACACAUGCACACACACGCACACACACACACAGCACACUCUAAGUAUGUAAAUGAUACAUAAUAAUACAAGCAGUAACACACAUACUGCUAGUGAUCACCGAUAAUAAUCAAGGAACAUUCUAGAUCGGGCUAGCCGACACCACACCUCCUCCCCUUCCCCCAUCAGCCCCCCAAAACUACCAGCAGGAUCUAACCCACUCAAACACAAGGAACUAAACGUGCGUACCCAUUUGAUGUCCUCCAUGGAGUAUGCACCAACUCUCUUUCGGAAACCGGGAACAUCAAAAUGAUGAUGUCACGACCAGACCAGUCUACAAAAGGUUUCACUGCCUUUCCUUUUUUUUUUGUGGUACGGUUAGAUGGCGGUUGAGCGAAUCCACCCGGCCGAAGCAACCAGAGAGCGGCGCUCUGAGGUCCCUUCCCAAGCAUUCAUGUUAUAAACCCAGCCCCUUUACAUUGCAAACAUCGCAGCUCACAUUUUCUCCAGCAGACCUUUUCCAUGGCACCCGGUGGAUAGCCGAUCUCAUGAGAAUACCAAGGAUAAAACCGUUAGAAACCACUUGAUGCAUAAAGGGGGGGAGGGGGGGGGGGGGGGGGGGGGGUAGAGUAUUUAGUUAUUAGCACAAUUGGUCGCUUGCACAUUUCUAUUAGGAAUAUGCAUGUAUCUACCACAGGGUUUAGAAGAGUUACCUAGCGUUUAGAAAAUAGGUUAAUGAAUUGAACUAUAUCCUCAUUCUCCCCUUAAGACGUGUGUUAAUAUGCAGAAACCAACCGUGCACAAAAGUACAUCUGACUUGAUCAGCAUAGUCACUGCCCCUUGCAUGGCAAUGAGCCUCUGCAUCUCACCUCUGCACUGGCUCGCUCUGGUCUGAGGAAAUAGUCAUCGUCGUCAUCUUCAUCUUCAUCGGUUCGUUAGAUGAAGAUUGCAUGCGGCCCAGCUCCACUUUGAAAUGAUUUAUGUAAGGGAUAAUGUAAAACGAGCCAGUCAUUAUAGUUAAAAUAAACCCCAGAAAGGUUUUGUUUUUUUAAAUCACCAGCUUGCCCUACAUUAUCCCACUUAUUACAAAGCUACUUAGAAAUCCACGGUUGUAAAUAGCGUCCAAUAGUGACGGUCUGUUAUUAAUAGCAGGGGUCCGCUAUACAGAGAUAACAGACCACUGAAUGUCGUAAUUUACCAAUCAGAAUCGAGUAUACAAGGAAAAUGCUUCAGAAGCUGUAAUAUAGUUUAUCUAGACUGGCACAGAUUUCGGCAGUGAAGGUACAUGAGAUGGAAAAGAGACUGUCCUGAGGCCAGUGUUUUACUCCAGGUUCCACCACCAUGACCCUGUUCAAAUGAGCUAAACUACCACAUAUUUAUUGUACUACUUUUACCCAAAGGCAAUUACUCUACUGCUUACAACUGCCAGACUUUGAUGAUUUUCAUAUGUUUUUUAGGUCUGAUAUAUUUUACGGCAUUUGGAAGUGUUCCUCUGUGUUUUCUCUAUUUGGACAGCCAUGUCAUCUCCGUGAGGGCCUGUAUGAGCUGAUGGGCUAUCACACACUCAUCCUAGCAAAUGCAUUUAUUCAAGAGAGGAACCUUUUGAGCAUUGUUUUGAUCCCGUGUCUAAAUGUGUGCUAAAGCAUACAAUUCUGUGUCUAAAGCAUGUCCCCAUGAACAAUUAAGCAUCUGUAGACAGUGGGAUAUUCAUUUAAAGCAUUCAAACAGCCUACAACUCGAAAUGAAGCAUUAUGAUAGAGAGAUUGAUGUGCCGUGAUGGAUGAAUCUUCAUGUAUGAGAUUCGAUCUGCAUUCCUGGUUCCAACGUCUAAGGUGUUGAUAAUUAACCCAACAUGUGUAAACUUCCGUUUAAAAGAGUUCACUGAUUGUAUCUGUGAGGCCUCCAGAGGGCGCUAUUGCCUCUCAAGGCCCAAGAGUAGUUUUUAUUAUAAAUCAAAAAGCCGACAAGAGACAGCAGCCAUAGAUCACGAACAGGAAAUGGUUUCUGUUUCCUCUUCCUCCUUGCCUGUGUCUCUCUUCUCCCAUGAAUCUGUCAAUCAUUCACAGUCUGACCUGUUGUCAUGGAAACAUGAAAAAGUGUGGAUGGCUGCCAAAGUGCCUAGCAGACAGCUUGUCGGUAGCACACAUCGAAACACACACACACACACACAAAUACUGAAACGCACACAUACCGAAACACACACACACACACACACACACACACACACACCAAUACACAGCCCUGGCAUGUGUGUAAUAGGAAGGGUUACUUCAUGUAAAAUAACACUUUUCAGGGGUCCGGUAGUUUUGUGUACUUUUAAGGAAGGGUUAUGUUUAUUAUUUUGAAGAUGGCCAUUAUUAUAUGCUCGCGGGUCAUAGUGCCAGGCAACAGCCCCCGCCCGCCCACCCGCCCUGCCUCGGCUCAUUACCAGUUGACUCAGCAAGCUUGAUACAUACGACACGCCGGGGAGAACCUGGUUUAAAUAACCUACCAAGCCCAAUGGACCCAGGGCAUUGGUUGGUUACCACGACAGAGAUGAUCCUCCAUGGUGACUGUGUGGGAUGUAUAUGUUCACUCAUGUAUCCGAUACACAUAAAGAUCAACUCUUAUUGUAGGCCAGAGCUUUGCUUGACGACAUGACUGCCUGCCCUAUAGGUUCUGGAAGAAAGGAAACCCACGCAAAGAUCUGGAUUAGAGCAUUACGGUUUCAGAGUUCCACUUCCUUCCAUUGUCCUAGCGAAGUCUCCUCUACCUCUACCCCCUCCUGUGUACAGUGUGUCAUGUAUAGAGAAGUCCUGCAUUCAUAGGGUUCUUAAGCAGAGAAAACAUGCUAGCCUUGUGUUUUCAACAGCUGUACGCCACAGUGUCCCCUUGUUAUCUGUGAGAUUAUCACCAGGUGCAGUCUCUUUUAGCGCCAUAAACCGAGUAUCCGUCUAGGAUACUUGGUAGUAACUACUGUUACUUUUUAUGUACAGCAUCCUUUAUAUUUCAACUUUUUAGUUUGUGAAUUCACCCGAUAAUGUUAAUUAUACUUGGAUUGUCUUUGAACAAAUAUUGAACGGCCAGUAUGAAUAUACUUAUUGACAAAAUGGCUGUGUUUGCCUCUUUUUGUUAAGGGCCUUUUAAAUCGUUGUUUGUAUGACCUAUUUGAUUCAGGCAAACUCAUUGUAGGCUACUCUAUACCAAGGUUAUUUUGGUGUCUGAAUACAUUUAAAUGUAUCAGCAAGACUGUUAGCAUUUACAACUCAAAUGACAGUAAAACAUGUAGUGCUGUAGGACGCUGGCCACUUCUAUGUAUAGGACCUCCUACUUUAUGUUCUCAGGAGUUCUUUAGGGUGUGUUUCCAGGCAAUGAAAGACAGAAUAUUACAGAAUAUUAUAUCUAGAGAACCAUCUCUGGUCAGACGUUGUUUUCUGAUUGCCCCCCCCGAAAAGUGUCAGGUGGUCACCUGCUUUAAUCAUGUUUUGGUAAAUGGCAUCAUUUUCUAAGGUUGUUUUAAGUGGGAGUAAAAUAUACAUUUUGUACAGCAAUUAUCUUCAAACAUUUGAGGGAAGUAACCUUUUUGAAUGCAUAAUCAGGUAUUUAUUAUGUGUUUACAACGGAACCUUUGUAAGAGGAAGGAAGCAGCGGUCGUGUGCCAUGGUGACAGACAAAGGCCAGUGCAGGUUUUUGCUUCUAAAUAAUCGAUGCCAGCAGCUCCCCCUGCUGGUGAAGUGCCUUUAGGCACAUCGAGUGCUGACCCCGGCAUUAACCCUCGCUCUGAACACAACUCUCCCAACAGCCUACUCCUAUUCAGUUACACGUGUCCGACGUAAUCCAUGGUCAAUUCUUAUGUCUUAGCAAUAUCUACAUGAACCUUAGGUUUUCAUACUCCGCUUGAGCUGUCGAGUGACGGAUCGUUCUACAUUAUAGAGUUCCGGCAGAAUCACGACUUGAGAAUGCGACGGAUGGAAAACGAAAGAGUUAAAACCAUAGCGUCUCUUUGUAUUAUAAAUAAAUGACGAAGAAAAAAUAGUGGAAACCGUUUUAUUUCCUUCGUUGCUCUGAGUACAGCUGAAUGUCGGCAGUCAGGACCAAUACGCUCCCUGUUGAAGUAUGACGCUGUCUCUCUUUACGCCACGCACUUGAAACUUUCUUCUUUACGUAGUUGCAUUUUGAAAGAAAACUAAAAGUGAUGGAAUUCAACACAGUAAACGUGAGAACCGAGAUUAAGUGGAAUUGUAGCCUACUGCAGAAGAUGCAGGGGGUUUCUGAAAGGGCUGUUGAUUUGUGUUUAGGGAAUGGGUAUUGUAUUUAUGUUGUUUAUUUUCAACCACAAGCUUGUAAAAUGAGAAAUAUCGUCGCCUCCUGUUUGUCAUAGAAUUCACAAAUAAAUGUUUGCUGAAAAACAAAA